UUUACAAUCUUUCUUCAAGGUCUCUGAACAGUAUUUACAGCAGCCAUGUUGCGGUGAGAUUCUGUUCCAGCUUCCAGCGAUUGCUCUCUGCAAGUACUCGGGCAGGUGCAGCCGGCCCUACCUUCCUGAAGUCGCACCAAAAAUUCUGCGCAAAAUCCCCUUCCACUCCUUUUCGCAGACUUGCACAGAAAACACAAUUGUGAUUCUCGAGCAAAGAUGAGUUCUACGGAACAGAGAAUGGAGGAUGAAGAGUGGUUGCCAGGAACCUCUCGUCUUAUCGAGGAAGAAGCACAAGCUGCAUCUUCCCACCUGCAACGACAAGGCGAUAUCGUCCUCUACCCGCAACCGACGACCUCCCCCAACGAUCCGCUCAAUUGGUCUUUACCGCGAAAAUACUGGCAUGCAUUCUUGCUCUGCUUCAUCACGGGCUUGACGGCUGCGACUUCGAACGAUGCGGGGUCGGCUCAGGAUGGCAUGAAUGCUGAUUAUGGGAUUACCUACAAUGCGAUGAAUACCGGAGCUGGAGUGCUGUUCAUUGGGAUCGGAUACUUUACUCUGUUGAUUUCGCCCGCGGCGUGGCUGUAUGGAAGGAGAAUCACAUACCUUGUUUGUUUGACUUUGGGAGUCAUUGGGGCGAUCUGGAUGGCUCGUGUCACAACGACGGAAGAUUCCAUCUGGAACCAACUUUUCGUGGGGGCAUCUGAAGCUUGUGCUGAAGCCAACGUCCAGUUGUCAUUGUCCGAAAUCUUCUUCCAACAUCAGAGAGGAUCAGUGAUCGGAAUCUACGUCUUAUCGACCAGUAUUGGAACCUUCCUCGGACCACUAGUCGCUGGAUACAUCGCAGAUAGGCUAUCCUGGCGAUGGAUUGGAUGGAUGUCCGUCAUCAUCUCGUGUAUCACCAUUGCCGUACUAUACUUCACUCUCGAGGAAACAUUAUUCGACCGUUCAGCCUACGAUGGACCACUCAUUGAUGGUGUACAAGAAACGAAAGGAGACAAUGCCUCGGAUAACGAGAAGAAGGUAUCCAACAAACUUAACCACUCCUCUUCGGACCCGAACCCAGAGGCUCAAAACGAGAAGAAAAAAACGUAUUGGCAGCGCAUCCAACUCAUCACUCUCGCUCCAAAUGUCGUAGGGACGGGUUUCAAGCAAUAUAUGGCCCGUCUCCUUCAUACAUGCCGUGUGUUCACUUUUCCGGCCGUGAUCUAUUCAGGGAUACAGUGGGGAGCUCAAGAUGCUUGGUUGACGUUCUAUCUUACUCUCGAAGAGGACAAUUGGUAUGACGCCCCAUGGUACUACGGCGACGUAGGCGUCGGCCUAAUGAACAUCCCCACCCUAAUCGGCGCCAUAAUCGGUUGUUUCUGGGGCGGCUACCUCUCCGACCGCUUCGUCUACUGGAUGGCCGAACGCCGCAACGGCAUCCGCGAAGCAGAAGACCGCCUCUGGAUGAUGUACCCCUGCGCCAUCAUCUCGCCCGCCGGCAUGCUCCUCUUCGGCAUCGGCACCGCCUACGGCUGGUCCUGGCCGCCCUGCUACGUCGGCCUGGGCCUCAUCGGCUUCGGCUGGGGCUGCGCCGGCGAUCUUUCCAUGGCCUACCUCAUGGACGCGUACCCGGAGAUGGUGCUCGAGGGUAUGGUGGGCGUGAGCGUUAUUAAUAAUUCCCUGGCGAUGAUCUUCACGUUUACGGCGAGCGAUUGGUUGGCCGCGAGCGGGACGAGAAACACGUUUAUCGCGAUCGCGGUGCUGGAUUUUGUGUUUGUCAUGUUGACGGUGCCGAUGAUGGUUUGGGGGAAGUGGUGUCGACGGUGGACGUUGGGACGAUAUAGGGAGUUUGUUAGGAUUAGGGAUACCCUUUGAUAGUCUGUCGAUAUUUUUUGCGGGUUUGGUUUUGUGUGGCUGGU